CACUUUUAUGCAGCGUACUGGUUGUUGAUAGUUUAGCCAUGAGUUUAGUACAUGGAUCUAAGUGUCUCUUGUGAGUCUAGUCCAUGAGUCUAUUAACAUAACGGCCAAGCCACAAAAUAGUGCGUUCAUGCUUAAAUGUAGAUGCUUUUCGGAUAUUUAAUUAUUUCUGAGAUCAUUUGUCGAGGCCAUGCUAGUCGUCUACAGCAGCAGCUCAGAAGAGGAAGAAGGGGGCUCUUCAGUAAAUACAAGAUGCCUGGAAGAUGGUGAAAAAUCAUAUCCAGAAAAAAAGAGACUUAAAAUAGAACAACUGUCAACAAAAACUAAAUUGCCUGUCCCGCAUUGUGUCUUGAACAUGUUUCCUGAAGAGUUGGAUCCACAGACUGAAGACAGUUCACUCCAUGGUGGACGUAUCCGCUCUUUUAAACACGAACAGGGGAACUGGGCGACAUAUGUUUAUUUGCCCUACGAUCCUGAGUUGGAGUUCACUGACAUACUGCAGGAGCUUGUGUCAGUAGCAAAACGCCAUGGGAUAGACUUGACGCCUCAGGAGGAGUUUCAUCUGAGUCUUUCACAGACAGUGGUAUUGAGACAUCACUGGAUUCAACCAUUCACACAAAACCUCAAGGCAGGCCUAGCACACUGUAGAAGGUUCAUGUGCACCGCAGAAAGGCUAAAAGUCUAUUGUAAUGCUGAGAAGACAAGAACAUUUAUUGGUGUUGAAGUGUCAGCAGGGACUAAUCAACUAUUGGACAUUAUUAAAGUAGUGGACAAAACAAUGACAGAUUUUAGAUUGGAUACUUUUUAUAAAAAUCCUUCUUUCCAUAUAAGUCUGGCCUGGUGUAUUGGAGACUCAACAGCACAACUGAAAAGCUUUCUGAAAGAACUUCAGAGCAUAAUGGACAAACAAGAAGAUGGUCCAUAUACCCUAAGUUUGAACUGUGUGGAACUUCGAUGCCGGACAGGAAAUAAAGUUUUCCGCUUUCCAUUGAGUUCUGAAAACUAGUGGAUAGAGUACUGUUUUUUCAUAAAUUAAAUAAAGUCUUACUACAGCUGACAAUA